AUGGAAUCACUCUCGGCUGCAGCUUAUGCGCCUCCUCCGGAGAACGCCAUGGCCGGCGUGCCGGCUCACAUCGUCGACUUGCUCGACCAGCUCCACGCCGAGUCGUGGGACCAAGAGUCCAAAAUCACCCGAGAUGACUUCAAGGACCGCACACUGCACGAGGUGAUGCGCGACAAGUUCAUCGCUCUGGACCAAGACAAGGCGCAGUAUGUGUAUGCUCUGUGCCGCGCCACCGGGGCGCGAACCAUCGUCGAGGCCGGCACCUCGUUUGGCGUCAGCACCAUCUAUCUCGCUCUCGCCGCCGCUGCCAAUGUGUCUGGUGGAGGUAAGCCUGCGAGAGUGAUUGCGACGGAGCAUGAGCCGACCAAGGCGGCCAGGGCCAGGGAGAUCUGGGACAAGUGUGGCAAGCAGGUCGUCGACGUGAUUGACCUCCGCGAGGGGGAUUUGAGGGAGACACUCAAGGAGGAUCUCGAGGACGUGGAUCUUUUGCUUCUGGACAGUGAGUUCUUCUUCUCUCAAGUGCUAAUAAUGGAGCGUUGCCCGGGUGCGAGGCUAAUCGUUGCGACAGUCUGGACCCCGAUGGUCCUCCCGACGCUGCAGGUCGUUCUGCCCAAGAUGAGGCCUGGGGCCGUUGUCAUCUCCGACAACACCAUCAGCUCGGCUGAGGGGUACAAGGAUUUUUUGGAGUAUAUGCGCGGUCCGCAGAGUCCAUUCAUCAACCUGACCCUGCCGUAUAAGAACGGUCUGGAGAUGAGCAUUUACGUGCCGAAGCAGUCGUAA